CCUCACCAAAACCGCAACACAGUGCCGGUAUCAUAAUACCUCGGUGGGAUCACAGGGAUUCCUUCUUCCUUCUUGAGUUAUUUGUUGAGCUCUCGUCAAAUUCUGACCGGGCAAGCAGUCCCGAUCCUUCCUCUUUUACCAUCCACCCAUCCCAUCCCAUCCCAUCUCUCCUGCAAGAAAGGACCGGCCACUUUUUUCUCUAUCUAGAUCGUUUGAAUAGCCCCUAUAUCCGUUCCUCCCUCACCCUCCCUUAACCUUUCUCUCACUCACGCAUACUCUCUCCCCCUAAUUUUCGGGCUCCCCGAAAGCUCUUGCUCUACUCAACUGAAAUAAUUCUUGGAUCGUUGUUCACACUUACAAUACUCGUACGUUACAUUACAAUAAACGGGGGAUUUCUUCUCUUUUCCUUUUUUAUAUCUUUGGAUUCUAUAUAUUUUACUUGUUCUACCCACCCACUUACCCUACCGUAUCAGCGGGCUGGUGCGCUACGAUACCUAUUAUACCUACCCUAUCUUAUCAUAAGACACUUUUGUGGCUCUUGUAAGCCGAGUUCGGUCUUUUUUCUAGCUGGAAGGAGAGGGAAAGGCGAGCGAGCGAGCCGGCAGGGUGGAGAAAAAUAGAGAAGUAGAGAGGGAAGGGAGGAAGGAAGGAAGGAAGUGAAGCCGACGGAUUGGAUUGGAUUGACACUGUUUUUGGCUUCUGGAGAGUCUUUAAAGUGCACCUUUUUCCUUUUUCUUCCUCUUCUUUGCUUGAAUUAGGGUGUAGUAAUCUCUAAUCCCCUCCCCCGAGGUACGCUUCCUGAACCGCUUUUGAGAGGGGAAGUGAGGAUGUGGAUGUGGAGUAUUCCGUAUGGGCCGGAGAAGGCUCAUCGAUGGGGACCCGAAACUGCUACUUUGAAGUAUUCUCCUCUUUCUUUCUUUCCCUCCCCCCACUGCUGUACUUGGUGGGUUAUUGCUUGGUGGGUUAUUGACAAUUGUCGGUUUAGUUGGUGCGAGGAGGACUAUUAUCUCACAACUUGUGAGUGCUACUUCUACUACGAGGUCCGGGCUACUUCAUAGGGCUGAUGCGAGGAGAGAUCAUAGAUUGCGCGGAAAUCGUCAAUACCCUUACAAAUGGCAUGUUUAUUUACCUUGGUUGGAAAGGGCUCAGGAAUUGCAUUUCUGAAGGACAUGAUAGGAUCUUUUUGAUUACCUUUUUGGGGUACUUGCUUGUCGGCUGUGGGAGUUUCUUGUUCCAUGCUACGUUGUGGUGUAGGACCCCCGCCCUCUUCGGAUGGGCUUUACUUGUAUUGUGGUGGUGCGGUUUAUUGAUGGUGUAGGGGUUCAGAUUCGAUGCAGCUAGUCGACGAACUCAGUAUGAUUUAUACUACUUGUUUGAUGUGUUGGGGUAGCCUCCUCCCUCUCCUCCCCCCCUAUAUGAUACAUAAAUUGACAUCUCCCACAGCAACAUUUGGCUACGGCCACACCACCACAAUCCAAACCCUCCUCGGCCUCUUCCUCCUCACGAUCGCCGGCUCGAUAACCCUAAUCUACCAUCACCUGCAAGACCCGUUCUUCCACCAAAAUGCCUACGCCCUCCUAACCACUAUAGUCCUCUGCCGCUCCUGGUACCUGAUGGAAACCCGCCUUCGGAGCACGCAAUCGGCAACCGUGACCCAGAUGUGGUCGAUGAUACGCUACGGCCUGAGCUUCUUCCUGGGUGGGUUCCUGCUCUGGAACGCGGAUAAUGCGUAUUGCUCGCAGUUGCGGCUGGCGAGGAGAGAGGUGGGCAUGCCAUGGGGGUGGCUGCUGGAGGGUCACGGAUGGUGGCAUCUACUCACGGGUUGGGGAGCGUACUAUUACAUUGUUUAUGGAAUCUGGCUCAGGUCCUGUCUAGAUGGGAGGCAGGGGGAGUACGUGUGUGAUUGGAAUAGGGUGUGGAGUUUGCCCGUCGUUAGGAGGAGGAGGAAGGGACUGGGUGUGAACGGGAAAACGAAUGGAGUUGGGAAUAGGGUUUCAGGGCCGAAUGGGGAGGUUAUGAAAAAGGCAUGAGUGUAUGAUAUCGUGGGAUGAUAUGGCAUGGUGUACCGGGCCUGCCGGGGGUGCCGCCGGGUCUACCCACGACGCGUCACCGGGAGCGGGGUACGGUAUUGCCAUAGCAGCUGGUGCGGCAUUUUUUGGAGGAUUUUCUUUCUAUUUUCGUCCUCUUCUACUUUUCGCCCAUAGUUGGCUUUUUGGAUGCUUUAUUACUCACAGGGCACUGCUGCCUUGCGGCCCUUGCUUCACGGAAAUGAUGGACCACACCACAGCACCCGUAAGAUUGGAAUAGUCCCCGUAUUAUGCGGUACUUUAUGUGACCUGUGCUGUGGGAAGUAGCUUGCAGUUUCGGGAAUAGACAUUUAUCGGUAUACGAAAG